GAACUGAGUAUGUAUUAUUAGCUUGAGUUUUACCCUCUCGGGUCCCCUCUAUUUAUACAUGGGCUCUAGAUAAUUAAGGUAAUGCAUAUUCAAUGGAGUCUAUCCCGUCAAUGGCGCGAUCCUCUUUUUCCCGCUUCAUCGACUGGGCUAUGUUGAGGGAUGGGGAGUUUACGAAGUCCACGUGGGCACUCCAGCGUGGAUCUGGGCCGUUCCUUGGGUUCCGCGUGACGUUUGGGCACGAUCUCCACAGAUACGCAAUCAUGCCCUGCUGCUUCGCCUUCCCAUUGUCAGUUCCCUUUUUCGCCGUCAUGAUUGUUUCUGAUUCUGAUUCAGCCACCCCACCGUCUAAUUCUCGCCAAGCCGAUCAUUCGGCCUCUGGCCGCACCACAAGCCACACUCAAUCAUCUCGGCCGUCGCCGUCGGCUGUGCCUAGCCAAAAACAGCGCCGGUUGAGGAAGCAAUUUCCUUCCCCGCCCCUGGCAGACGAGGGCUCUAGGGUUGAAUUGGACGAGAACAUAAUGGCGCUGUGCCAUUGCCAGAUUACUGACCGGGGGUUCGCUGAUGCUACUGAUAUGGUUGGACCCUCAAUCGAGGUUCUGAGACCUACCAAGACCCAGACUGCUCUAGACGCACCGUCGGGGUUCUUCACGGUCCAUCUGGCAUCCCUGAAGAAAGGGCUGCGCUUCCCCCUUCAUCCGCUAUUGAUCGAAUUCCUCAACUUGGUGGACCUCCUUCCUUGCCAACUGGUCCCCAACUCUCACCGGUAUAUCGCCGGUUACCUUGUCAGAUGCAAGGAUGUAGGGGUGAAGCCCACCCUAGACCACUUCUUGUUCACUUUUAAGCUGACCAAAGGCCACAAGGACUGGGCGUCCUAUGCCAGCCUUUCCCAGAGGUACAGUAAGCUCUUCACCAGUGACAAGAAGGGGUCGACUAAGGACUGGAAGCCCUUUUUUGUUUUUGUCUCAACGGGGACCGAAUCUCCUUUUACGGGUUCAGGGCGCCCCUCCUUCUGUCGUGUCCCAUGUCCCCCAUCUGACGCCACCCUCGCGCCCAUUACCCGCCAACUUUGCAAUAAGGGGGCCAUGAACAUCAAGGAAGUGGUGUCAGAGGAGUCCCUCGCCGGGCUGGGGUUUGAGUUCGUUCAAGACGAACUUCGCCACCAACCUGACCUGCUGAGGGACAACCCCAGAGGGUCUCGGCAUGACCAGCUAAGGGACACUCCUAGGGGAGGUCUUGAUUGCGGUCCUUUUGUCGAGUCACCAGAGCUAGAUGAAGAGAUGGAUGGCGAUCUCCUACUCAGUCGCUUCACGGCAGGAAAGAAGAGGAAGAGAGAGACGAAGAGCCAAGGCAAGCGUUCUUCCUCCCACCGAGAGGAGAGUCCCCCUCGAGAGCCGACUGUGAUUGUGGUGGAGGAUCAGGAUGAUGUUGCCCUGAAACGGAGCCGACAAGCUGCCCUAGAUGAAGCGAUGAGGGCAGCGGAGGUCAGGCAGAAGGAGCUGCAAGAAGAGGUCGCCCGCCUCACAAGGGAGCUGGAGGAGAAAGAGAGUCGUUGUGCCGCGCUCGUUGUGGAGAAAGCUUCCCACGAGGAUCGCUGCAUCGCUCUUGAGGCGGACAAGGCCUCCUUGUCCUCAGAGGGGGGGCUAGACCCUUAUGAAUUCUGCCGCCGGUUGCCUCGCCGGCAAUGGCCAUCGGUGAAACCGCCGCCGAUUCCCCCAAAUCCUUAUGAGGAUUUCGGCGAGGCGUACAAGGCUCUCUCUGCCAACCGUCUGCCUGACUGGCGGAUUGACUGGGAUGCCCCAUGCCCCCUCCAUUCACUGCAAUGCAUGGCCUGGGAGAGCUUCCACGAUGAGCACUUACCCCUCUUAGAGCAUGAGUGCGCUUAUUACACGAGUCUGGAGCGAUGGACUAACGAAAGUCGCACCAGUUCACCAGUGAGGCCUAAAGAUGAGGUUGUGGUGGGGGAAGAACAACUGGGUUCUUCCCUACCCCGCCCUACUGGUUGCUCACCUCCCCGGAAGGCCCCUUAGGCGAUCUGGGGUAGCGCAAGCGGCUUCAGGGUCUGCAUCCUCAUCUAGGUGAUGCCGAUUGGGGCUCACAGAAGAGUGAGUUGCCUCUCGUCCUUCCCUGGCAGGAGAAGGACGGUGGGUUUUUGCCGAGGCUGGGGGCGACCACUCCUGUUCCAUGAUGGAGAAGAAAGGUGGUCGCUCUGG